AUGCACAGCCCAGCCAUGAGGAAGAGCCGGCCCAGCUGGCCCAGUGUGGCCUUGUCACAGCCCCUGGUGAGAGUCAAGGGCUUAGUGGGCACAACAUUGCUCCAGCCAGGGCCCAGGGACACCCCUCGCCUUGUCCGCGGGUGUUUAGGGGGAACACACUGUGCCGAAAUGGUGGUGGAAAUGCCCAGGACACAGGUGAUGGAGCGGUACAUGAGCCAGGGCUGCGGGGAGCAGGAGCAAUGUAGCCAGGGCGCAAAGCUCCGUAAUGUAGAGCAAGCCCUGCAUAAUGCAGUUUGCAAACUGUCCGAGGGGUUUUCUGGGAAGGACAGUAGGUGGCAUGAAAAAGCCAUGAGAAACUGA